AUGGCGCGCAGCGUGUGCCACCAAGCACGUCGCUUUCGUCGUCGCAGUACGCAAGUUAUGGCUGAGGUGCCGUCGUCAGCGGAACCAGGGCCAGGACCGGUACCCGCCGCCCGCGUAUCAUGUCCUUGUCCCGUGGAUGUGCCACAGGUCCUCUGA